AUGUUUAAUAAACUCAAGUUUGGAGCACGACGUAUGUUUAGUUUGCAACACCGUGCCGAUAAGGAGUUUGUCAAACCUGUGCGUCUCCCAGAAUUGAAAAUUAAGUCCACCCAAAAUCACAUCACCACGUUUUCAUUACCAUCAGAUGAUAAAUGUGACGAUCAAAUCAACUUUAUUUCAUCUCCCAAACAAGACGUUCAAAAUUUGUAUAAUAAAACUAAUAGAAGUUUAGAAGAUGACGACUCGUCAAAUUCUAACGAAGAAAUUAAAGAACUUAAAAAAUGUGAAACUCCUGAUGAAAUUGACAAAAUAGAGAAAAUUAAAAAACGCAUCAAAAAGAAAGAUACACAACGAAAGCGCUCAAAACGGGAAACGCAAAAAAAUGAAAAGAAAAAAAAAGAAGACGAGAAAUGUUCGACUAUCAAGCUCGAAGCAAAAAAAUCACAAAAAAACGAAAAAAUUGAAAAAUUGGAAGAAGUCAAUAACAAAUCGAAUAACAAAAAUGAAAAAUCUGAAACGUUUGAAGGUCUCACUUCAUCUUUCCAAAACGAAAUGAAAUCACUUGAUAUAAUUGGAGAAACAAAUGCAACGACAAAAGACAUGAAAAAAAGUGACGAAACAUUUUGCGUCUCAAAUUUUCCAGACGAAAACGACGAUAUCAAAACUCAUCACAUCGAAACGUCAACAGAUUUCGUGAUUUUCGAAAAUCAGAAAAAAGACGAAGAAAUCAAUUCGACGUCCCCACAACUGCUGCAACCCGAAAAAGUCGAAAUCCAAAAAAAUUCAAAUGUGAGCCCUCCACAACUUUCGCAAAAACCUUUAAAGGAUCCAAAAAAAAACAAAAAACUCAAUCUCUUGAAAAAAGUCCCAAAACGGCGAGUCGGCGAAGAAAACUUACUACUCAAAGACAAUUUAAAGUCGCAAAAACUCGGUUCCGACGAGAAAAAUCAAGGAAAGUGUUUGGUCCUCUCAAAGACAUGUAACUUUCUAUCGUUGGUCACUACCGUUCUGUUUAUUCUUUUCACAUCACUCUCUAUAUGGGACGACGUUCUGAAUGAUAUGAUGUGA